AUCAACGAGAAAGAAGAAAGAGGAAAGAAAAUAUGCGCAGAAGCGCAUGCACUAGAAACGAAAUGCACGCGUCAAAACGUAUUACAAUUUCACGCACGAAAAGUUACACGAAAAGGUUCGUGGAACGCGAUCCGGCACAACGGAUCGCGAAGGGACGAAGGCGCGGUUGAGUCGUGGACAAGUUUUUCCUCCAGGAAUCAAAGUCCAUCCUUUUAUCUAUUACGAUUUUACCAACGUUUCACGGUAUCGUCACGAAUUCGGGAAAGUGUAUAAAAAAAAAGCCAUCAGAUAAAUCGUACGGUGAAGGAAGAAAGGAAGAGAGAAUGGAAUUUUAUUCAAGAAGCGCUCUAAUGCGGGAAGUAGAGGCUCGGUGAUUUCCGGAUGCAAUCGGCUGUUUCCGGCACGGCCGCCCUCCCGAACUAAACCAUUCAUUCGACGGAGCGAGAAGUUUCAGCGAGAAGAGGAGCGUGAUAGGAAGGUGGUAGGUGCAAACGAGAGUUCCGUGGAAGAAGGAUGGAGAAAGUGAGUUAGCUAGCGAGCGAGUGAAUGAGAGAAGCGACAGAGGAAGGGCAAGAGGAAAGGAGAAGGAAAGCGGCGUGGCAAAGGGAGGGAGGCAAAGAGGAGAGAAUACACGAGAGGUAGGCUCGGCCGAUUCGAGAAGGCUGGCAGGCUGUUAGACAAGAGUAAGAAAGCGAGGGAGCAUAUUGGAUGGCAGGCAGACUGGCCGGUCGUACUGUAUAGUUAACAGAGCUCCCAAGUAAAUCGGCAGCAGAUGUGGCCAGUUAGCUCGGUGCUGUGUUCUCGUUCGGAUCACAGAGUCGUAUGGAUUUCGAUGCACCGAACGAAUUGCCAGUCGAUAGCAGCGACAACGAUCGGUCGCCGAUACCGGAGUAAAGCUUGAUAGGCUUCGAAGCCGCGGUGACAAGUCGUGGCGAGGCAGGAUAAAGCGUUGAUCGCGAAGGCACCGACACGACGUUACGGACAAACGACAGGAACAGGAACAGCAACAGCAAUAGCAACAGAGCACGGUUGUCCCAGGGCGAUAGCAAGAGAGAAGAGGAGAAGAAAUCGAAUGGAACAGUCGGUCGCGCGCCAGCACCAAGAACGCAGUGACCGUCGUACCUGUCCGUCGGUGGCCGAAGACUUGCCCGACUUGCCCGAUCGAGACUCGGGUAGUGAUGUGGCAACGUUGCUGGUGGCUCGCGAGCGGAGGAGUCAGUCGUCGCUCGGCUGUUCCAUGUUAGUUUGUGUCUGACAGUGCAGUGUCGUUGCCAUAUAAUCGCGAGGGCCCGUCAGGGCCCACGAGUUACGCGAAUAACAACCGCGAUUCUUAAACGCGGUCACGAUGACAUAUUUAAGAAGAUUAGGAACGAUCAGUACGACGAGUAUCGCAGGUAUAAUCGACGCAGAGACACACAGUACGUUGAUACGAUAGGCCGUUCGCAUUUGUUGUAUCGUUGUAAAAAAUAGCCCAUGGGAGAGAAGAGAAUUUAAGAGAGUUUUGUCGCGUUCAUUCGCGGGAUGGUAACGGUGACGAAGAAGCGUAAUCGCGCGGUGUGCCGCGUUUAUUCGAACUCGUCGCCGCGACGGUUUCACAAUUUGCAAGCUAGAUAAAAAGGAGAGGCUUUCUUUUUCGAACAGCAGUUCCUAAAUAAUGUGCGCGCAUUCUACGCGUACUACUCGAACGUCGAGAAACGAAUGAGUGCGUGAGUCGUGACAACAUCGUGUCGGAGUGUACGGAGAGAGAAUCUGUCUUUCUCCUAUCCGUGUAGAGGCCGUGGUUGGACUUUACGCCGCCGUACACGCUUCUCUCCUCCUCCUCUUCCUCCCCCCCUUCUCUCACCGGUUGAGGACUAUUUCUUUCUCCCUCUCUCCCCCUGAAGGCCAAUUUAUCUAUCCCGUCGGCCGUACGUCUGUCGCAGUCUACCAUUCCGUCUGUGAGCUAGCAGAGUUUUCACUGGCGCGACACACGGCACGCGCGCACGUACGACACGUAAACGAAACCGACUGUCGAGCUACGCGAAUCGGGAGUGUCAAAGAUCCGAGGAAAAAUCACGGGCAUGGGAACAGUGUGUGCCGUGGACUGAAAAAACAGUGCGCGACCAUCCCGCGUUACCGUCCGGAGGAUCUUGCAUUUUCAUCCGGUGUGCUCGUGUGUGUCCCUUAACACCAAACGAGGAAGAGAGGUUAAGUUAGGCUAGGACUCGCGUCACCCCCCGGCAGUCACUUAUCCUUGUCUAGCUCGUUUCUUCUCCCACCUCUCUUUCUCUUUCUCGCUCUUUCUCUGCUGCAAACACGAAGAGGAACGCAACACGAAAGCCAGAGAUCGACUACAGACACACACGCACACCACCGCAACGCAUACACUCGCAGGACAAUUGGGGAAAGAGGAGGAAAACACAAAUGCCGAUCGCCGGUGGAAUUCUGGUCGCUGGAACCGCGGCUCAUUGCCUGUCUUCCGCCGCUGGUAUGCUUCGAUUCCUCGCUAGACUUUCAGGGAGGCGGCGGCACGUGCGGCGAAGUUGUGGGCCAGGUGGUGGAGCUCGUGCCGUUGAAGAAACAGUAGAAGCAGCGGGGGUGGGAGACGAGGUGGCGGACGAGGGACGUGGUGAAGGAAGGGGAGUAGUCGGAUGCGAAGCUGUAGGAGCAGCGAGCACGAUCGAGGAGGUUAGUUCACCGGUGGCGGAUGGCGAGGUCUGCUGCGGCGACAGCAGUACCACCAACUACCACCACCGUCGUCAUCACCUCCAUCAUAUCCACCGUCGCCAUAGUCAUCAUCGUCACCAGUGUCAGCAGCGUCACCGAUGUCACCAACGAAGGGACAGUGUCGCUAGCAACGAGCUCGUCGUCGACGAGGAAGCCGACGAUGAGGUUACCUGCCAGGAUCAAACUGCCACCGAUGCUGCUGCUGCUGCUUCUGCUUCUGCCGCUGCCGCUCAUCCGUCUCAUCGAGACAUCCACCAGUUCCAUCACCUUCAUCAUCAUCCUCAUCUGCGUGAUCUUCAUCAACGGUUACAGGACGAUAGAACGCAUCGCGAUCGCGAGGAUACGAACGAUCGUAUCGUUCGGACUAGCGAGCACCACUCGGAUGGUAGGACCACCACCGACAACCCUGCCACCGUCACUGCCAUGACGAGAGGAUGCAGGAUCCCGCCCUACCUCGCCACUUUACUCAUCCUCUCCUACACUCUCUUCGGUAUAGCAGACGCCUGUUCAUCCCGGUCGACGCCGAAACCACGGCCACCGACGCCGACGCCUCGACCAAAUAUCACAUUCCACAUGUACACGUGUCCACCGGAUUAUGCGGAAUGGUACUGCUUGAACGGUGCCACAUGUUUCACGGUCAAAAUCGUCGAUUCCCUCCUUUACAAUUGUUUAUGCGCCAACGGUUAUAUCGGGCAAAGAUGCGAGUUUAAGGAUUUAGAUGGUUCCUAUUUACCUUCCCGGCAACGUGUAAUGUUGGAGACAGCAAGCAUCGCCGGCGGUGCCACGAUAGCAGUAUUCCUUGUCGUUAUCAUUUGCAUAGCGGCUUACAUCCACUGUAAGCGAAAGCAAAAGGAAUUGCGGUCGAGUAACUGCGUCGACACGGUGGAUGGUCCUGGCCGAGAUCCGGAGCUGAGGCCGUUUAGCAACCGCAACCGCUCCCUCAUGAUCUUCAUGACCAAGAAUCCUAAUAGUUCGGCGGCGAUAGAGCAGACGAGAAUGCCCGGAUGGAACUGCCCGGAAGUGGAGUCUAUGAGAAUGGCGUCCAUCAGCGAAGGCAAGCGUUCGAAUCAAUAAUAGCCAAUCUCUCUGUCGUGCCUAAUUCCUACGACACGAAACCCGAGGCGUCUACCGUAGAUCACCGAGACACGACGCGACUCGACUCGUCGGCGGAAGGAGGAAUCACUUUCACCGGGCUGCUGUUUUCUGUCUCCGUCCAUGGGACAUGGGUUCUCCCUGUUGGCGUACGAAUUAUUCCGUGAACGCAUUCGAUGAUUGUGACAACAUCUCCUCCUCUUCGUCAUCUAUUUUCAUUUCGUGCCUGUAUAUAAAACAAGCUCGAAUACGCUCGUUCCUGAUGCUUCGAAACGCCAGCUUUACACGAAGGGAAGCAAAAUUUUGAAAGGAAUGCAACCAAUUGGAUUUGAAUAGAAGAAUCGAUAUGUGGAUUGGGAUCCCCAGACCGAUGAAUCCGUGAGAAAUCAGACGUACAGGAUUAAAAAGGAAGUACGUAGCGCAACUUUAAAUAGCUGGACUUUGCAGAAGAACAAAGGACGAGAAAGUAGAAGAAAGAAGGGAAUGCUUAAAAAUAAAACCCUGCUGAAUAGAUGGCUCGAUAGAGAGAGCAUUAGCGCGAAAGUAACGGAGAUUUAAAAAAGAUUUAAAAAUACCAUUUAGUAAUUGUUCCUAUCGGUGACUAGUUUAGAGCAGACAAUAAUAACCAGAGAGAAAACUAAUUGCAGAUGUUAGCGUGAGUUAAGACAAAUCUACGAAUUAAGUUAUUCGACGAUAUCUUCGAAGAUGAGCUUUCGUAACUAUCUGUUUUUCUUCUAUUUUUACUAUUUUCUUUUUGUGUAUACCACUUUUUUCCGUUUCUUCUAGUUUCACCUUCCUCAGCCUGAUCGAUUCAUGGAAGUUUCGAGGUUCCUCGUUAAUCAACGCCAUUCAAUCGCAAAAAAUAGAACCAUAUCGAAAAUGCUAGUAACGCUUUGAAAUAUCUCAAUCGUUGAGUGCGUUCGCGAUAAAUUUGGUGUUUUUUUUUUUUUUUUUUUUUCUUCAACGCGUCCAUCAAAAUCAGGAAGAGUAUUUACUCUACGUUCGACGAGAAACUCGUUCAAUCUUCCUCGCAGUUUCUGUUAAUUACUUUUCUUUCGCUGUCCAUUGUGCCAGUUUCUACUCUAUCGCGACAAUAAUUCGUGUUUCGUUAACGUUGAUUCGCAGGACACAACUUGCCCUUCCAAGUGUUUCGUUGUAAAUGUAUGUAAAACGCGUACAUAGUUUAUUUAAUAUACAGACGUAAUUAUUUAUUUCGUUUAAGCAUAUGUGUUUCGUUCGCACAAUAUACCGUCGUUUAAUUUAUUAUCGAAUUCGAACGUGUCGUUAGGCCUCGGUGGGAGUCGGUUCGUUAAUUGUUCGUCGAUGAAGAGAAAAACGAUCGACUAAAUUCUAAAUAAAAAUGAGAGGCGUCGAUGGCGACGGUGUGGUUGGUCGUGGUCGAUUUCUCGAAUUUCGAUGGUAGCGUUCGUCGCCUGGCAAAAACUUCUCUCCCUCUGUCUCGUUUGUAAAUAGUAAAUUAAUCCGUGUGCAGGGCCGGCCGAUUCGCGUUCUUCCGUUAAAUUUAUCUGACGAGUAAUUAGGACGUUGUAGCGGACAAACUACAAUCAUGACGACGCUUGACAAUUAAGCCGCGUGACACCGCGUUUGCCACUCGCAGUGACCUUUGACAAAUAAAUUUAUCGGGACCCGAGUCGGCCGGGGAUGGCAGGGUCGAUUGCUCGCGCGGCGAAAAUAAUCCGAGAGACCCGAAUUAUCGAUCGCGACUUUCAGAAAUUCCUUAGGGGUCCUCCUGAACCCAUUACCGCGUCGCGACGCCCGUCACCGAACGCUGCUGAAAAGAUAUAUUAGCUCCUCCCGUAAGUAAUGUCGUCGCUCAUCUUGAACGAAAUAUCUUGAAUUUUGUAACUUCUUCCCUCGCAGUUCUUUGUUUUGAUCAUUAUUGAAUUAUUUAAUUGAAAAAAGGCAUAGCAAAACUGAAAAUGAAAAUUUUUUGAAAAAUUAUGUACAUAUGAGUAAUUAAAAAUAAUAGCAAGUUGAUUGGUUCACUUUGAGAAAACGGUAUUAUUUAAAGGGAUGACCUAACAGUAUAUAUAAAUAUAUAUAUAUAUAUAUAUAUAUUUAGGGCAUCGUGUAACUGAUAGCACAGGUAGAAAAAUGGUGAUACUUUAUGCAAGAGUAAUUUGAAAAUGAAAAAGCUACAUUUUACAUUUUCAAUUUACUUUUGCACAAGGAAUUGCCUCCUUUCCACUUGUACCAUCAGUUACAUGACAGCCUGUACCUAAACGUUCUUUAAGAAACUGUCCUGUAUUCCGAUGGCGAUUUGUAUAUUUUGUAGAUACCGUGGAGUAGUGAGAAAGCUUCCAAACGCUUGAAAAAGAAUCGUCUAUAAUAUUACUUUCUCUCGAACGUGUCGUGAGCCGACGACAACGACGCUUUGUGGUUUCUUUGCUCGGUCGGGAGCUUGCGUUUUUCUCCUUUCGUUUCGAAGUUGUUUCUGUCGGGCCUGCCUACUGAAGGAGAUCGAAAUCGAAGCAAGAGAAAAUAAAAUUUAGAAAAAAAAAGAACUAAGGAGAUCGAAAGAGUAGAAAUAGAAAACGAGACACACGCAAGACAGGUUCCGACGUGAAAGGGAACUCUAGGUGGCCUAAAAGUGUAUCACGGAGACGAAAUUGGUAUCGUGACCGUGUAUAUAAUUUAUAAAUAGUCCUAAUUAACGUGGAGAAUGUAACUCUAAUUUAAUUUUUCCUAUACCCUCCAACCCACCCCCUCGAAUCAUACUUCUCACAUGCUUUGUACUUGGUUCCUAAUUUAUUCUUAUUUUCAUUGAUUAUUAAUUAUUACACAAUUUAAUUAUUAAUUACUAAUUACGAUCAUUAGUUACGAUCGUUUAAUUAUUCUCUCUCUUUUUUUUUUAUUAUUAUUAUCGAUCACAGAUUAAUGUGUUUAUUCCUAAUGCUAUCGCGUUAUUUUGGUUAACGAUAUCGAUUUAAGGACACACAUACACACACACUUUAUUAUUUAUGAGAAAAACGAGAAAAAAGCACGCAAUGUCUCACGCGCAGAGCCAUCGUAUACUCUGGCACCUCUGUUGUUCUCCAAUCGGUUGAAAAGCCAUUCUUUUUUAAGUUCGUCCGGCUAACAGACAUGUAUUUGUUAGAUUGAAAGGAACACUUCAACCAGUUCGCGUAAUUGCUCCUGGCGAAUGAUAAAUUUCCUUUUUUUUUUUUUAUGAAUAGAAU